AUGCGCCCUCGAACCUCGGAAACCCAGCCUUCGCAGGCUCAGGCGGCUCCUGCACCUUCGAACCAUCACCAAGGAUUCGCAUCGGCCCCACCUCCACCCGAUCUUCACCAUGAUCAACACACACAAUACAGUCACUAUCGCGAACCCAGCCAGCAGCAUCAGUCCCACGAGCCUUCGGCGCAGGGCGGUGCAGACCUCGCCCAGCUUUCCUUCUCUUCCUACCAUCAGACCUUCCCCGUAAUACCGUCAUCCUACUACCACGAACCCGGCUCCUUCGCCCACGACGAUUACGACGAUUACGAAGACUACGACGACGAUACCGACGAUGCCGAGGACGAUGAUGACGACCUGGACAUGAGCGACAGCGAUGGAGGCGCCCCUUUGGAUCAUGUCAUGACGGCCACUAGCCUUCUCUCCCCCAUGCCCGACCCCGAGGUCGGCUUGACUCUUGAGCCUUAUUCUGGGCCACUCCAUAGCGAACAACCAUCUCACCCGGUGCAGGAACAAGUCCACACAUCGAACGAGCCGCCCGCUCACAUGAUCAACUACUGGAGCAUACCGCUCGCUGCCGGGCAUGGGUUUCUCGACCCGGCAGGAUCUCAACAUCCCACCCCCCUGGACACCACCCCUUUCCACCCCAUGCUACAUGUCGGAAACAUGGGGGAGGAUGACGAUGACGAUGACGUGUUCUACCCGAGCGUUGCCGAGCAACUGCAGCAGUUUCAAGUGGCUACUGUCGACGAGGAAGAGGCGGCAUGGCAAGCGACUGGCCCUCCGGCCAUCAGUAACCCUAUUUCCAGCACCCUCGGCCCGGAAAAUCCGGGAUUGACUGACUUCCUCAAAGACUGGGCCUGGCGUAACCGCUUCCAGUCGCGCGGUCCCAGCCCUGGGAUUCGACAGAUCAACGAGCAGGCCGCACGGAAGAUCACGCGAGUGCGGUACUCUGAACUUCAAGGCAACCGGUGCGAUGCGCAAGGCAUUAACUGGGAGGACUUGGGAGUGACGCGCAAGAAUGCGCGCGAACGCCGAAGCCUAGACUACAAGAACUAUACUAACAGGACAGACUCGGACAUAUGGGCUCCCCAUCUACCCGACAGGAUUAUUCGGAACACGGAAGACUUUUUCAGGUUUCGUCGUAUGGACAUUCGUCAGAACGUCCACCUGGCCCAUUUCCAGCUGCGCAACAUUUUGGCAUGCGCAGGACGGAGCCAUGCCUUCUACCCUGGCCAGGGAGCCGUGCACCAAAUCAACCCUGUAUCAGGCGAGAGUGAAGUGGCUAUGGAUCUUAGCGACAUGAUUGGGGUGCAGAUAUCGACAUUGGAUGCCAGCUGUGGUAUUCUCAUUGCAGGUACCUUUAACGGGGAAUAUUGCAUGCGAAACAUUCACAGCCAGGACAAAAAGUACACUGAAGGGCAAAUCACCAACCACAUCAGCGGCAUCACCAACCACUUGCAGAUUCACCAAUCGAGGAACUCAUCGGCGCCAAUGGCAGCAUUUGCUUCCAACGAUCAGGGCUUCCGCAUCAUGGACGUGGCUACGGAGAAGUUCAUCCUUGACACGCAGUAUGGCUGCCCCAUCAACUGCUCCGCCCUGUCCGCGGAUCGCCGCUUGCGUGUGAUGGUCGGUGACAACUACAACGUCCUCAUUGCCAGCGCCGACACGGGCGAGAUACUACAGGAGCUGGGAGGGCACAGAGACUUCGGUUUCGCCUGCGACUGGUCUGACAACGGCUGGACGGUCGCGACGGGCUUCCAAGAUAUGAGUGUGAAGCUAUGGGACGCACGAAUGUGGACCAACUCGGACGGUACUGGUAAACCGCUCACAACCAUCCGAUCCGAAAUGGCAGGCGUCCGCAGCCUGCGAUUCUCCCCUACGGGCAGCGGCCCCCAAGUGCUUGUCGCUGCUGAAGAGGCCGAUUACAUCAACAUUAUUGACAUUCAAACACUCGCCCACAAGCAAACGUUUGACAUAUUUGGAGAGAUUGGGGGUGUUGAGUUCACGAACGAUGGCCAGGAUCUCAACAUUCUCUGCAUGGACCGGACCCGUGGGGGCUUGGUCCAGCUGGAGCGCUGCGACGUGGGCUACGGCGCUAACUUUGAGUAUGCUCACCAAUCAGCACCGCUGGAUCCCUGGUGGAGGUCCAGUCAAAGCAGCAUUCUGGCCGACACGGAAAUGCCUGGACCGAACACGAAGGCUGAACGAGAAAGAAGCACCGUCUGCUUUGACGACCUGGAGCCUUUCUGA